CAAAGUUGAUCUCACCGCAAUCCUCACAAUGCUCAGGCUCUUAGGCGCUGCCAUAGCCACGCUUUCACUCCUACCGUCGCUCUACGCAACUCCUGCAGACUUGACCGAACGUGCUUCUGGCUCUGUAGAUCCCUUGGUACUUAAGUCGUACCACAACCCAGUUAUCAGUGGGUUUGCGCCAGAUCCAUCUUGCAUACGUGUGGACAGUCAAUAUUUCUGCGUCACAAGCUCGUUCAGCGUGUUCCCCGGCAUUCCUUUAUACACCUCUAGGGACCUGGUGCAAUGGCAACAGAUAGGAAAUGUCUUGUCGAGGCCGGAACAGCUUCCCCAACUUGCACAGGUCAAUCAAAGUACAGGCGGAAUUUGGGCAGCGACUAUUCGGCACCAUGACGAAGUAUUCUACGUUACGACAACACUUGUGUUCGAUGGUGCACCACAACAGUCGCCCACGCGCUGGGACAAUCUGAUUUUCAAUACUACGAAUAUCUGGGCGAAUGAUGGUAAUGGCUGGUCUGACCCCGUACACUUCAUCUUCCAAGGCUACGACACUUCUCUGUUCUGGGAUGACGAUGGCGCGGCGUAUGUUGAAGGUUCACAUGCAUGGCAGGUAUUCCCAGCAAUCGAGCAGUUCAAGAUAGACGUGAGGACGGGCGAGAACCUCAGUGAACCAAUUAUUCUAUGGAAUGGGACCGGAGGCCUCGCACCUGAAGGUCCACAUGUUUACAAGAGGGAAGAUGCGUAUUAUUUAAUGAUAGCCGAAGGUGGAACAGGUCUCGGUCAUAUGGAGACAAUGGCGAAGUCGCUGAAUAUCACUGGCCCUUACACUGGAUAUGCCCACAAUCCAGUUCUGACCAACGCUAACACCUCGGAGUAUUUACAGACUGUAGGACAUGCUGAUCUAUUCAACGAUACUGCUGGAAACUGGUGGGCAGUUGCCCUAGCUACUAGAAACGCCACGGUGAACUAUCCCAUGGGUCGCGAGACCAUUCUUGUACCGGUGGUAUGGGAGGAAGGGCAAUUCCCUGUGUUCAACGGUGCUAUUCCUGGGCGGGCAUACAUUAAUAUGACCGGCCCACUUCCCCCCUCUCAUCCGCCCACUCUUACUGACUCGAAAGAUCCUCUUGUGGGCCACUCACAGCAUGUCGUCUUCCCAAGCGGUCCAGAUGUCUCUCUCUCCGACCUUCCACGGCAGCUCGUCUACUACCGCUACCCAGACUUCUCUCGUUUCACCGUUUCACCGCCUGGUCACCCUAACACCCUGCAGAUAAUGGGUUCCGCGGAAAAUAUUACAGGUAACGGUGGCAUUGGUACAAGUACCUUUAUUACUCGACGACAGGAUGCGGUGGAGUUUACUGCGGAAGUGACGCUGGAAUUCGCUCCGAAUUUGUCGGACUCCGUGACAGAAGAUGAAGAAGCGGGAAUGACGCUCUUCCUUCAGCGGGCGCAACAUUUUGAUUUGGGUGUCGUCGUUCUCCGAAACUCUGCUAGUGGCCAGCUGGAAAAGUUCAUACGCCUGCGGACCUUCAGCGCGGUCUCGAGUGUUGACGGGAUGACCGAUCCCUUCUCGCAACCGGGGAUACUGCCGCUUUCUGAAAACAUGCAGAAGCUUCGCCUCCGCGUUCAGGCAGUGAAUGCGUCUGCAUAUGCGUUUUCAUAUCUCGACUCGCCAAACUCGCAGUCGAACGGAUGGAAGAUCGUCGGACACGGGGCUGCAAGCGAAGUGAGCGGUGGCUUUACUGGGACACUAGUAGGGAUGUUUGCGACAGGAAACGGACACAAUUCGACGACGCCAGCCUACUUCAGCGACUUCACCUACGAUCCCGUACAGAAUGUCUUCUGAUAGUUGCCUCCACCUGCCGUUCCUGAUAUGAUUUCAAUAAAUUUGUUGUCUGCACUAUUUCAGUAAGUACGUGAAGAGCCUUGCGAAGUAGAGCUG